GGGUGCUGCGGUCCGGGUCCUCCCACCCGGCAUGGGAGGACCGCCGGCUAUCCCGUGGUGCCGCGGGAGCCGGACGGAAACGAAGCGAUGGAGUGGUGGCGGCGGCGGGUCUCGGUGCUGGCGGUCCUCGUAGCGGCUGUCGCCUGCCUGUGUGCCGCGGAGACAUGCACUGAGCCCUCGAUUGUCCCGUCUUAUUACACGACGUCGGAUGCGGUCAUCUCAUCCGAAACUGUCUUCAUUGUCGAAAUUUCCCUCACCUGCAAAAAUGGUGCACAGAACGUUGCACUCUAUGCAGACGUUGACGGCAAGCAGUUUCCCGUCACCCGAGGGCAAGACGUGGGACGCUACCAGGUCUCCUGGAGUGCCGAGCACAAGUUGGCCAGGUCCGGGACGUACGAGGUGAAGUUCUUCGACGAGGAGUCCUACAGCGCCCUGAGGAAAGCUCAGAGGAACAAAGAGGACUACACAGCCACGAAGCCCCUGUUUGCUGUCAGUGUUGACCACCGGGGAGCCUGGAACGGUCCCUGGGUUGCAACGGAGGUGGUUGCUGCUGCCAUCGGACUCCUGGUCUACUACCUAGCCUUCAGUGCCAAGAGCAACAUCCAGGCUUGAGGAGGGCAGUGGGACAGAGGAGGGGGGUGCCGUGCUCGAUUGGGCGAGGGUCUGACGGGUCUGAGGGUCUACUCAUUUCUGGUCGCCCGGCGUGGAAACUAACGAACUGCGGAAUAAAAUAAUUUUUGUA